CACGCACACGCGCACACACACACAUACACGCACAUCGCAGUGCUAUGCGCCUUAUCAUCCGUAACACAUUCAUUAUUAUAUAUAAACAUCAUUAUUCAGAUGUCUUCCAUCGCGGCCGAAUGAGGCUCUGCUGUGUUUGACGGAUAACGGCGCGCACGCAUCGGCUCACGGAGGCGUUGCUUGCGCCAGAGUAUCGGGGGAGUGGAUUUGUUAUCAGCAGCUUUACAUGAUCUGGUCAAAGUGCAUCCGGCACGUGGAGCUUUUCCUCGACUGAUGAAUUUGCAUCUAUCAAAUAAAUAUGGGAAUAAAGUCUAAUAAGGUUGCAGGAAAGACAAAAGAGAAAACUCAGUGGAAAGAAUUCUUAGAGGCAGUGAGUACUCUGCAAUGGGUGAUAUCCUUUCUCCUCUUAGGAGUGACCUGCACCAUAUUGAUGGUGUGCCUCAUGUUUACGUCGCUGUGGCCGCUCCCCACUCUGUACUUCAUAUGGAUGGUGAUUGACUGGCAAACUCCUGAACGAGGAGGCAGGAAAACAACAUUUGUGAGGCGGUGGAAGGUCUGGGAACACUUCAGGGAUUUCUUCCCAAUUAAACUGGUGAAGACGGCCGAGCUGAAUCCAAACAAAAACUACGUCCUAGGUUGUCAUCCGCAUGGUAUCAUGAGUACAGGAGCCUUCGCCUGCUUCAGCACAGAGAGCUGUGGCUUCACCGAGCUGUUUCCCGGGUUGAGAGCCUCCCUGGCGGUCCUGGCAGGACUUUUUAGGGUACCGCUCUUGAGGGAGUACCUCAUGUGUGCAGGUCUCUUUCCAGUCAGUAAACCGAGCCUCGCCCACCUCCUGUCAAAGAGGGGCAAGGGAAAUGCAGUGGUGAUUGUGAUAGGGGGCGCCGCCGAGUCCCUGGCGUCCUCUCCUGGAGUUAACGCAGUGGUAAUGAGGCAGAGGAAGGGAUUUGUCAGGGUGGCUCUGGAGUUUGGGGCCGAUCUGGUGCCCGUUUACUCAUUCGGAGAGACUGGGCUCUUUCAGCAGGUGGUUUUCUCAGAAGGCAGUCUGGGUCGGAGGUUACAGGACCUUUUCAAAAGGAUGAUGGGUUUCGCCCCAUGUCUGUUCCUUGGGGAGCGCUGGGCAUUCCUGCCCUACAGGACUCCGGUCACCACCGUUGUGGGAAGUCCGAUCUUGGUGCCAAAGCGCACCACACCUACGCAGGAGGAGGUUGACCACUAUCAUAGGCUUUACAUGGAGGGCCUCUCGAAGUUAUUCCACGAACACAAAGUCCACUGUGGACUUUCUGAAAGUCACAAGCUUCAGUUCCUUUAGACAUUUCCAUUUACGGGCUCAACGGGGAUCUCCAUGGACGGGUGUUUGGAUCUGAUGUGACGAACUUCAUAUUGUACUGUAUUUGAACAUAUUUUACAUGCAAAUGUACCUAAAAUAAUGAAGGGAUUGUGUGUUCAUGAUGCACUGAAACAGCGGUGUAUCGUAAAUCAAGGUGAAUUUAACGACAUAUUUAAAAGUGUAAUGUAUUUCAAUUCUGAAAGAAUGUUUGAUGAAAAGACAUUGGUCAAAUAAAGCAUCACAUAAGAUAAAUUUUAUGAGAACGUUUGCUCCAA